AUGGCCGGGGCUGCUCUCAGGUGUAUGCCAGACACCACAACAAAGGCAUCAACCCCGACCUCAGGAGGGAAGGUGGACGUGCCCCUGUACAGCAGCAGAGGGAAGGUGGACGUGCCCCUGUACAGCAGCAGAGGGAAGGUGGACGUGCCCCUGUACAGCAGCAGAGGGAAGGUGGACGUGCCCCUGUACAGCAGCAGAGGGAAGGUGGACGUGCCCCUGUACAGCAGCAGAGGAUUGGUGGACGUGCCCCUGUACAGCAGCAGAGGGAAGGUGGACGUGCCCCUGUACAGCAGCAGAGGGAAGGUGGACGUGCCCCUGUACAGCAGCAGAGGGAAGGUGGACGUGCCCCUGUACAGCAGCAGAGGGAAGGUGGACGUGCCCCUGUACAGCAGCAGAGGGAAGGUGGACGUGCCCCUGUACAACAGCAGAGGAUUGGUGGACGUGCCCCUGUACAGCAGCAGAGGGAAGGUGGACGUGCCCCUGUACAGCAGCAGAGGGAAGGUGGACGUGCCCCUGUACAGCAGCAGAGGAUUGGUGGACGUGCCCCUGUACAGCAGCAGAGGGAAGGUGGACGUGCCCCUGUACAGCAGCAGAGGGAAGGUGGACGUGCCCCUGUACAGCAGCAGAGGGAAGGUGGACGUGCCCUUGUACAGCAGCAGAGGGAAGGUGGACGUGCCCCUGUACAACAGCAGAGGAUUGGUGGACGUGCCCCUGUACAGCAGCAGAGGCAGCAGAGGGAAGGUGGACGUGCCCCUGUACAGCAGCAGAGGGAAGGUGGACGUGCCCCUGUACAGCAGCAGAGGGAAGGUGGACGUGCCCCUGUACAGCAGCAGAGGGAAGGUGGACGUGCCCCUGUACAGCAGCAGAGGGAAGGUGGACGUGCCCCUGUACAGCAGCAGAGGGAAGGUGGACGUGCCCCUGUACAACAGCAGAGGAUUGGUGGACGUGCCCCUGUACAGCAGCAGAGGAGGGAAGGUGGACGUGCCCCUGUACCGCAGCAGAGGGAAGGUGGACGUGCCCCUGUACCGCAGCAGAGGGAAGGUGGACGUGCCCCUGUACAGCAGCAGAGGGAAGGUGGACGUGCCCCUGUACCGUAGCAGAGGGAAGGUGGACGUGCCCCUGUACAGCAGCAGAGGGAAGGUGGACGUGCCCCUGUACCGCAGCAGAGGGAAGGUGGACGUGCCCCUGUACCGCAGCAGAGGGAAGGUGGACGUGCCCCUGUACCGCAGCAGAGGGAAGGUGGACGUGCCCCUGUACCGCAGCAGAGGGAAGGUGGACGUGCCCCUGUACCGCAGCAGAGGGAAGGUGGACGUGCCCCUGUACAGCAGCAGAGGGAAGGUGGACGUGCCCCUGUACAGCAGCAGAGGGAAGGUGGACGUGCCCCUGUACAGCAGCAGAGGGAAGGUGGACGUGCCCCUGUACAGCAGCAGAGGAUAG